CCGCUCGUCAAAUCGUCGGUAUUCUACGCUGCUAGUCUUCGUCCACAGAAGACGACGGAGAAACACGAACACAAGUUCACGGCAUACACAGGCUUCGAUAUAUUUCAAUUGGCCUGCGCUGACGUCGUAUCGGGAGAGAACGGGCUGUCCUAUUUUCGGUAUUGGUCCGGCGGUGCAUUUAUUUGGAUUUGGCCUCGAUUGAGUUGAUAGAGACGUGUGGACGCACGAACUCUCUUUCGUUCGGCACGCACCUGUCCGUGGGCUUCAAGCGUACGGUCCCUGCGCGAAUUGAACGCUCGUUGACCAUUGACGAUCAAGUCGCGCUGUCCCUUUCGUUUCAUUGCUUUGCGCUGCGCACGCAUUUACUUUGUCGCGUACCCCAAACGCCGCUCUCCAACCAGUGGGGGUUGAAACACUUGGCAUCGACGGCACGUACACCCUCCGAUAAUUGUGGAACUUUGUUUGUAAACGCAGUAUAUCGUCAGGAUGACUGUUGCGACGUCAGAACACCCUCAUUCACCUCACCAGCACCCGCAUCAGGUGCAUCAUUCGUACCCGCACCAACAGGCCAGUCAGGCACAUCAUUCAAUGACCCGAGAGACGAGUCGGGAACACGAGCGAGACGUGCAUGGCCUGAGGCUUGCGCUCGGGAGCAUAUUGAGUCCUAAACGACUGUCUACACCCUCCUCACGUGCCUCAUCUGGCACCGCCUCCCCUUGUCCAGCACAUUUCGGUCCCGGACUUGUGCAUGCAUAUCAUCAUGGGCCGUCCCACUUGCAUACUCCCGUAGAUCCCCAGGAUGAAUCACAGAGCUUAGGCCAGCCAAGGUCUCCACAGGAUGGGCCAAGCACAGACGAGUCUGGGCAUUUAGCAGUCCCGCAGCCGAAGAGGCCCGCCAUGUUAAACCGCGCGUCGUCUUCACAUUAUUCUCAAGAACAAGCUACCUCUCUUCAGCACGAACACGAACUCGAGAAUGAAUCAGCAGCACCACCGAUCCUAACCACAAGCAACGUCCACGCGCUUUCACCUUCUCAAGCCCAAUCUGUCAAAGAAGCUCAGAGCGGUAGUAGCAGCACCGGAGAUGCGACUACUCUGAAACGUUCAUCAAAAGAAAGAGAUGGGAAAGAGAACGCACAUGCGUAUGGCGUGAGCGCAUACAUCGCGACGCUGCAAAGCAAGCGUGCGUGGGACGCACUCGUUCAUGGGAACAUGUCAUGAUGAUUAGUCGAUUUCCUGUCUCUCAUUUCCACGACGGUUCUAUCGUGGACAUGAGGCGAGCGAGUUUUUGAUCUAGACCGGGUGGUGUGUGCGGUGCGGUGUACGGGUGGGCUUCGCGAAGGAGAGAAGAUAUCGGACGGACAUGAUCGUGGAAUAUGGAGUCAUCGGUUAAAGUUAUACUUUUUCCAAUUUCACUUUUCCCCUCUCGUUGUUAUUUGUUCCUGCUUCUGAUUGGUUAUGCUGCUGUAUUUUGGUGUUUGUAUGAUCAUUGACCUUCACCCCCACUCUGAUUCUCCCUGAUCCACCUUGAUUGACCAUUUCAUUUAUUCCGUUUUCCUUUUACUUCACUUAUCC